UGAAGAUAUCACAGCGUUGAAGCCCAGUCCGAACCCCAUUGUCACGGCAAAGAGGCCGACACCUCCUAUGAACAAUCUCCAACCAUGUUGUGGAGCAAGCCAGUAGUGCUCGCAUCUCAGAUCUUAUUCUUCGCCUGCCUCUACAGCAACCCCAUAUCCGCCCAAGAGACAACAGAUGACGGGCUCCUCGUUCUGACCGGCAGUGCCCGCGGCGACACCUCAACAGGACCAACAGCAGCAGCUACACCCACAAGCUCAACAGGAACAGGAAGCAGAAGCAGCAGCACCACCAACUCCCACUCCUCCUCCACCACCAGCAGCACCACCUCCCACACGACCACCACCCCCCCCGACGUCCUAACCCUCACCGGCCUCCCCCCCACCAACUCCCUCAACCAAACCCGCACCACCACCACCGCCGGCCCCGUCCCCACGAACAAAACCCCCUGCAACCUGCACGUCGAAUUCUGCACCCGCAAAUACAGCAAUAUAACCCAAGUAUGCGCGCACAACUCCCCUUUCGUCAAGGCCAACAACGCCGCUGCCAACCAGGCCUUUGGUGUGGUGAGCCAGCUCGAUGACGGGAUACGGAUGUUGCAGAUUCAGGCGCAUGUUGUUAAUGGGACGGUCUUCCUGUGCCAUUCUUCGUGUGAUAUUUUGAAUGCGGGGACGAUGACGGAUUAUCUUACUAUUGUCGCGGGAUGGGUGCAGAAGCAUCCGUAUGAUGUUAUUACUAUCCUUAUUGGAAACGCGGGGUACCUCCCCGUGAGCACAUAUACCCCCGCGAUAGCGGACUCGGGACUCCUUCCUUACGUCUACACGCCCCCAAAGAAGGACAUGGCUCUCUCCGACUGGCCGACGCUGAGCAGCAUGAUCAUCACCUCCCAGCGGGUAGUGGUAUUCAUGGACUACGAUACCGACCAAGACACCGUCCCCUACAUCCUCGACGAAUUCACCUACAUCUGGGAAACGCCCUUCGAUCCCACCGACCGCGCCUUCCCCUGCACCGUCCAGCGCCCCCCGGACCUCUCCGCCGCCGCGGCGAAGAGUAUGAUGUACAUCGCGAACCACAAUCUCAACACCGAGCUUUCGCUGCUGGGGAACACGUUGCUGGUCCCCACGCAGCCGUUGCUGGGGGAGACGAAUGCGGUGUCUGGGUAUGGGAGUUUGGGGCUUGCGGCGGAGAAUUGUGAUGCGAUGUGGGGGAAGCCGCCGACGGUGUUGAAUGUGGAUUAUUAUAAUGUGGGGAAUGGGAGUGUGUUUGAGGUCGCGGCGAAGUGGAAUAAUGUCACGUAUAAUGCUACGUGUUGUGGGAUGGCGGAUAGUGGGGGGGUGAGAAUGGGGACGGGGGUGUGGUGGGUUGGGGGGUUGGCGGUGCUGGUUUCGGUGUUGUUGUCGUCGUAGAUUUGAGAUUUGAGGAGAUUCUGAGAAUGAAUGCUUUGUGGGAGGGAUCUGCGUGGCGUUAUGUGGCGUUUGGGUGGCUUGCUUGCUUGCAUCGCGGAUGGAUGGCCAGGGGCAAUUUGUGGCAUGGGUGAUAUUACAUAGCGGAGGGAAAAGAAAGACAACAUUUGCAAUGAAAAUACCCAAUUUAGAUAAGGCAUGAAAAACAAACUAUUGCCCAGAACACAACGUCAGAAAGGGGUCAAAGACUAGUUUUCAUUGAAUUUCAGUUCUCAUUUGUUCCUCAGUUAUAAUAAAACUGGAUCGCUAGGGUAUCUAUCUAUAAACAUGCUACUCGUUACAGGGACAAGAGAAAAUAUAAAGAGGUG